AUGCAGCAACUUCAUCAUUCGUUUCGUCAAUUGCGACAUGCAUCCCCACUGAAACUUUUUGCCCUCGCUGCCGCCUUUAUCUUGGUGUCCGCCUCCCUCGUGUUCUACUCCAGACCUGCCAGUCCCUCUGAUAUUGACCUCGUCUCCUCGCUACCCUCCAGCAACAACAACAUAGAAAACAAAGGAACUUGCUAUGUCGACCUCGACCUCUUGAGAUCUCACGGGUACAAUUCCUCUGCGAAAUACGCACGGCUCGAGAUAGCCGUGAGGCGAACAGGAAACUUUACGGGAUUCUCCGACACCUUGCCCACCCGUUUCCCUGCUUAUCAGAAGAUACGUUUGGACACAGUCGAGCAACAAGCACCGCUGUCGCCGAAGAUAUGCUCUCCCGCAGUGACAAUUCAAGCUCCGUUACCGGUCGCACCACCCAACGCGUCCCACAUUCUGUUCGGCGUCGCGACAACACUGGAAAGACUGGAUGAUUCCCUGCCUGCAUUCGCACACUGGGCGGCAGGAACGGACGCUCGGAUAUAUGCUCUGGUGGACUCCGAGGUAGGCUCGGAAAUAAGAAGGGUGCAGCAACGAGCCAAAGAAUUGGAUAUCCGUUUGACUAUAAUUCAAUCGGAUGAUGACCGAUUGGAUCAGUACUUCUCUCUACUCCGCGUUCUGCUCAAGCACCGCGAUGCAUAUACGCGGUGGGCUGUCUUGAUUGACGAUGACACCUUCUUCCCUUCUAUGCGGAAUCUGGUGGACAGACUCGCAACCUACGAUGCGACGAAGCCACAGUAUGUCGGGGCUCUGACAGAGGAUCUCGCACAGAUGUUCAGUUGGAGUUAUAUGGCCUUCGGAGGUGCUGGGAUCUUCCUCUCAAUACCACUCCUUGAGCAACUCGACAAGGUGUAUGAUGAUUGCAACAGCAUCAAAACCACCGGCGACCGAAGAGUCGCCAGGUGUAUCUACACCAAUACACACACAAAACUCACCUGGGACCGCGACCUGUAUCAGCUGGAUCUCUGCGGGGAUGCUUCUGGUUUCUACGAGUCCGGUCGCCCGCUGCCGCUGUCGGUCCAUCACUGGAAAUCAUGGUUCCAGGCAGAUAUGGUUGGGCUCGGUCAGGUUGCGGCCAUCUGCGGCGACGCUUGUCAGCUGCAUCGUUGGCGCUUGAAGGACGACUGGUUCCUCGUGAACGGGUUCUCUAUGAUCAAGUAUACUUCACCCGGGAGUGUGGAUCUGAUGGAGAAGACCUGGGAGGAUAGUAAAUACAGAGGCGGGGACGGCUUCGCGUUCAGUCUGGGUCCAUUUCGCCAAAAAGAUGAGGGUAAAGUGUCCUUUCGCUUGCAGAACGCAACCCAGCAGGCAGAGUCUGUUCGACAGGUCUAUAUCCACGACGUGGGGCCUGAGCAGCCUCCUGAAGUACUGGAAGUAGUCUGGAAACCUGCAUCUGGGUGA